GCGGGUCUUUUUCUUUGCAGUGGAAGUAUCAUCAAACCUUCGAGCUUCGACAAACAUCGUGAGGGAACCUUGGGCUUCAUAGAUUUGGUUCUAAGAUUAUUACUUUUUUUAAUAUCCCUUCUUAUUAAUGCCGGAGAAACAGCAGCAAGAGUUGUAUUUUUCGUGACGGGCUCGUCUCUUACAUAAAUUUUGAAGUGAAUAAGCUGCUUUCAUCAGACAGUUCAUCGGUGUUGCUGAAGCACAGUAUAAUGAGUGGAUAUGCCGCUAUUGAUUACAGUCAUUUCCGCUCUCUACGAAGAAAGUAAUAAUCUCGGUGGUGGUUGUUUCUGACAUUGGCUGAUUUUUUAUGCUUGUGAAGUUCACAAAAACUUAUAAAUAUGUUUUCUUGAUUAUUCUUGUUCCUCCUUUCUGGUGAUUCUCACUUGAUUGAACUUUUCCAACUACUGUUGCUCUUGUGGUUAUGGGAAUGAGGGAUACGCCCACAAUGCAACGACUGCCGGGAUUAAGGAUAACGGUUUAUCUAUCCUUCAAUUUUGAUCAUAGUUUCUUGCAGUUUGAUUAAUGAAUGAUAGGGUUCUUGUGUGUUUUAUGAUGAGACUUGGAAGGAGGAAAGUUUAUUUCGGUGAAUAAAGGAUUGUGGUUUUGUUUCUGUGGACGUGGCUUUCUAUACUGUAUUCUUUGACCUAUCAUUUGUUGAACACUUGUUGGCAAUUUCUCAACAUUCUUGACAAAUUUCCGUUAAGUUUCCGAUGCUAAUAAUUGAUACAAAGACGAUAAUUUGCCUUGUGGAGUUUGGCUAGUGUUUUCUUGCUCUGUGGGAGGAAAGGAAGAGCAAAAAUGGAUCUUUGGGUUGUCGCAGCAGCUGCAGGAGCUGGUUUAGUUCAAUUUUGGAACAGAAAUUCAAAGAAUAAUGAUAGUGCAUGUCAAUUGUCUUCGGAGGAUCCCAAUUUUGAGAAUCUUGAGGCGCCAGGGCACUUAUCUCACAGAGAAGUGCGGACAGAUGAAUUAGACAAAGAUGUUUCUGCAGAAAAAAGGGUUUUCGAUGAAAAACCUGCAGAAUGGAACUCAGUGGAUGGUCUUUCAACAACGGAAAUAACUUCUAACAAAGUGCUGCAUAAUGAAAAGAUAGGACCUUCUGGGGCGCACGAUGACAGCAUUGUACUUUCAAUCUCAAACUUGCCGCUGUCAUUGUCGCCAAAUGAGAACUUGAAUGAUGUUGACAAUGGAAAUGAGCAAAUCUAUGAUGCUGGUGGUAAUUAUGGUUUCGGUUUUCCUGACUCAUUUGCCAGAGAAGUGGGUCCUAACCAUCAUUCUGCUGGGAAUAAAACUUCUCUCAAGAAUAAGCAUUUGUAUGGACAUUUAGGUAGACCUUUGAAUUCCUUAGAAAGUUGCCUUAUGGCUCAGCUAUACGAGAAACACUCAAAAAUGGAAGAAUAUGUCUUAAGCUCUCUUCCCCCACCUCCUACGCCUGCAAGGUCUUUUAUUGUAAGUAAUGGAAGUCGAGUAAUGAGCAGAUCAAAUCAUAAAUGUUUCAGUACGUUGACUCGCAAGGAGGAAGAUAAGUGGUGUAAGGAAGCCUAUCAAAACCAUGAUGAUAGUAUGUUUGGGAUUCCUUCCCUGCCAAAAGUUGGAUAUUUACAUGGUCAUAGGAAGCCAAAACACAAGGCAGGAAAAUUGCAGAGUGAAAGAUUGAGCUCUUCUGACAGUGCUGUCAGUAGAAAACACAUUCAUGCUCAGCUAGAUGUGACAUUUCUCUUCAGUCUUGGGCUUUCUUUCGGGAUAAUAAUUUCCAUCAUGACUAGUAGAAGAGAAGCAGAUGAGUUAAGAGAUUUGUUGAAGCAGACAGAAAACUUGGUUCAAGAUCUACAAGAAGAGCUUGAAAUGAAAGAUUCAAUGACAGUGAAGGAGUUAAAUAAUGAGAACUAUGGGUCACAGGAUACAUGUGACCAUCCCUCCUAUGAUAGGGAGCUGAAUGGAUUUUCCUCUGAGAAGCAUAUGGAUAACUCUCCCAGAGAUGGCUGCAAAGAACUAUACGACCGGAAGGAAGAAGAAAAUUCAGAACCUAUGAGCAAAAUUGAAGCUGAGCUUGAAGCUGAACUGGAGAGAUUGGGGUUAAAAAUGAAUACUUCUAGCCUGGAGAGAAAGCUUUCUGAGCUUGUUGAGGUUGACCCAGACUUCGUAGCAGAUUUCGCUCAAGGUGAAUUGCGACCUGACAAGGUCCAGGGUAAAGCUUUUUCCCCAAAAAACCCUGACGAGAGUACCAGUGAUGCUGCCACACCUCUCCCUGGAAAUUAUGCGGUUUCGCCUCAUGAAUUGAGCCUACGAUUGCAUGAAGUUAUUGAAUCGAGGCUUGAAGAACGUGUAAAGGAACUCGAAAUUGCCCUUCAAAAUAGCCAGAGGAAAGUACAGCUUAUGGAAACAGAGAACAAGCGAUGUUACCUGAGAAACUUCAGUAGCUGUGGACAGGCAUCAUCCUUUGGGGGAGGAAGUCCGUUGACAUAUGAUGACUGUGACCUAAUGUCCCAGCCUCUAGUUAUGAAUUUAUCAGGCGAAGCGCUUGAUGCCUACAAUGAAGCUUAUGAAGAAUUAAUGAAGACAGAUGAGUCAGAAGUGAAUUCACCGUCAGGCAUCCAUGAUGACGAAGGAUUAUUUGGAAUUCAACGUGGCAGAACAAACAGGUCUGCAACUUUCUUCCCAGGUAAUGGGGAGAGAUUCUUCUCUAGCAGAGUGAAAAUGUUGGAAGCGCAAGGCUCUGAUGUUUGUGAAUUAAAUGCUGUUGUAAGAGAUGAAGAUUGUAAUAGUGAUAAUGAGAUGGAAAGGCAAGUGAUAAGACAAAUUCUUGACAGGAGCAAGAGAGGGUCUCCUGCUUUUAAGAAUGUACAAAAAUUGUUGCAUUCUAUGAAUGAGGAUGAACGUUGAUAUUUGAUAUAAAGUACCAAGACAACAGAGUUCCUUGAUU